GGGCCAGCUGGCCUUAAAGGGAACACGGCCCGACUGGCAGCUCGCGGGGUAGCCCCCGCUCUGGCUCCGCCCAGUUUCCCGCACCUCGCCCCUCCCCCCCCCCGCUCCGUCCCGCAGCCCCAGCGACCGCGCAGCAGAGUUUCACUGCCCGGGUCCAUCUAGGGCUAUGCGGAGCGGGGUGGGUGGAGUUGGACAUGACUGUGGCAGCAGCAUCCCUCAGGUCUGGGACCCCUCUGUAGGGGAGCGGAGGACCCGCCCUGACCUAGCCUGGCCCAGCCUAGUCAAGCCUGGCCCAAGCGCCCCGCCCAGGAGUGGGUUCUGAGGUCUCUCUCAUCAAUAGCUAGGCACCCCUUCAUGGCCACCUCUGUGCUUGGGCACACUCCCAUCCUGGGCACUGCAUACAGAACAGGAUUGGAUCUACUUCCUACAGCAUCAGACCCUAGCCAGAGGCAAGCAAACCGAGGCCCCUCUGCAGCGUGAGCACCCAGGGAUCUGGACCGGGUGUGUGUCAGAGCGCUGCCCUGCUCCCUGCCCCCAGCAGCGUGUGGCCGUCAUGGACAAGAUCCUGGAGGCCGUGGUGACUUCGUCCUACCCUGCGAGCGUGAAGCAAGGGCUGGUGCGGCGCGUGCUGGAGGCGGCGCGGCAGCCCCUGGAGCGGGAGCAGUGCCUGGCGCUGCUGGCCCUGGGCGCGCGCCUCUACGUGGGUGGCGCGGAGGAGCUGCCGCGCCGCGUGGGCUGCCAGCUGCUGCACGUGGCGGGGCGCCACCACCCCGACGUCUUCGCCGAGUUCUUCAGCGCGCGCCGCGUGCUGCGCCUGCUGCAGGGCGGUGCGGGGCCCCCGGGGGCGCGCGCGCUGGCCUGCGUGCAGCUGGGGCUGCAGCUGCUGCCCGACGGGCCCGCGGCCGACGAGGUGUUCGCGCUGCUGCGGCGCGAGGUGCUGCGCACCGUGUGCGAGCGUCCCGGGCCCGCCACCUGCGCGCAGGUCGCCCGCUUGCUGGCGCGCCACCCGCGCUGCGUACCCGACGGCGCGCACCGCCUGCUCUUCUGCCAGCAGCUGGUGCGCUGCCUGGGCCGCUUCCGCUGCCCUGCCGAGGGCGAGGAGGGCGCCGUGGAGUUCCUGGAGCAGGCCCAGCAGGUUAGCGGGCUCCUAGCUCAGCUCUGGCGAGCCCAGCCCGCCGCCAUCCUGCCCUGCCUCAAGGAGCUGUUCGCUGUCAUCUCCUGCACAGAGGAGGAGCCGCCGUCCAGCGCCUUGGCCAGUGUGGUCCAGCACCUCCCACUGGAGCUCAUGGAUGGUGUGGUCCGGAACCUCAGCAAUGAUGACAGUGUGACAGACUCCCAGAUGCUGACUGCCAUUAGCAGGAUGAUCGACUGGGUGUCCUGGCCCCUGGGGAAGAACAUUGACAAGUGGAUCAUUGCCCUUCUCAAGGGUCUGGCUGCCGUUAAGAAGUUCAGCAUCUUGAUCGAGGUUUCGCUCGCCAAAAUUGAGAAGGUCUUCUCUAAGCUCCUGUACCCCAUUGUUCGGGGAGCUGCCCUGUCUGUCCUCAAGUACAUGCUCCUGACUUUCCAGCACUCCCACGAGGCCUUCCACCUGCUUCUCCCUCACAUUCCUCCCAUGGUGGCCUCUCUGGUCAAGGAGGACUCGAACUCUGGGACCAGCUGUCUGGAGCAGCUGGCAGAGCUGGUGCACUGCAUGGUGUUUCGGUUCCCAGGCUUCCCAGACCUGUAUGAGCCUGUCAUGGAAGCCAUUAAGGACCUCCACAUUCCCAAUGAGGACCGAAUUAAGCAGCUGCUGGGGCAGGAUGCCUGGACCUCACAGAAGAGCGAACUGGCUGGCUUCUAUCCUCGGCUCAUGGCCAAGUCCGACACGGGCAAGAUUGGCUUAAUCAACUUGGGUAACACAUGCUACGUGAACAGUGUCCUUCAGGCCUUAUUCAUGGCUUCCGACUUUCGACACUGUGUGCUCCGCCUGACCGAGAACAACUCACAGCCCUUGAUGACCAAGCUGCAGUGGCUCUUUGCUUUCCUGGAGCACAGUCAGAGGCCAGCCAUCUCUCCUGAGAACUUCCUCUCUGCAUCCUGGACACCAUGGUUCAGCCCUGGGACCCAGCAGGACUGUUCAGAGUAUCUGAAGUACCUGCUGGAUCGGCUUCACGAAGAGGAAAAAACCGGGACGAGGAUCUGCCAGAAGCUCAAGCAGUCCACCUUGCCCUCCCCACCGGAAGAACUCCCUAGCUCCAGCGCAACAUCUGUGGAGAAAAUGUUCGGAGGCAAGAUCGUGACUCGGAUAUGCUGUCUCCACUGCCUCAACGUUUCCUCCCGGGAGGAGGCCUUCACAGACCUCUCUCUGGCCUUCCCUCCUCCCGAGCGAUGCCGCCACCGCCGCCUGGGCUCCGUGAUGCUCCCAACAGAGGAUGUGCGAGCCCAGGAGCUGGCACUGGCUCCCAGAGCCCCAGGGGCACAGAGGCAGAGGAAGCACUGCAUCACAGGAGAUGCUCCCUGCACUGGACUAGACAUAGAGGGUCUGGGCAUCGUCAGCACUGGUGGACAGAGUGGGCAGGAGGAGAAGGUGGAGAGGGAGCAGGCCGGGAAGGAGAAGGAGGCAGCAGAGGAGGAGGAGGAGGAAGAGGAAGGUGCAAGGGAAGAGGAGAAAGAGGAAGGGAAAGAGAAGAAGAAGGAAGAUGAAAAGGAAAAGGAAUCUGAGAAUGGCAAGGAGAAGGAUGGGGACAGCUUGGGACCAGGGACCCAUAGGGAUGCUGCCGUCCCACCCAGGGAGCAGGUCUGUGGUCCCGAGGGUUCCCGCUCUGUACUAGACCUGGUCAACUACUUCCUGUCCCCUGAGAGGCUGACAGCUGAGAACCGUUACUACUGUGAGUCAUGCGCCUCCCUGCAGGAUGCAGAGAAGGUGGUGGAGCUGAGCCAGGGUCCACGCUACCUCAUCCUAACACUACUGCGCUUCUCCUUCGACCUGCGUACCAUGCGGCGCCGCAAGAUCCUGGACGAUGUCACCAUCCCCCUCUUGCUGCGCCUGCCACUGGCUGGGGGGCAGGGACAGGCUUAUGACCUCUGUAGUGUGGUGGUGCACUCUGGAGUGUCCUCAGAGAGUGGCCACUAUUACUGCUACGCCCGUGAGGGUGCUGCCCGGCCGACCCCUGUCCUGGGAUCCACAGACAGGCCUGAGCCUGAGAACCAGUGGUACCUGUUCAAUGACACCCGGGUGUCCUUCUCAUCCUUCGAGUCGGUCAGCAACGUCACCUCCUUUUUCCCUAAGGACACUGCCUAUGUGCUCUUCUACCGCCAGCGGCCCAGGGAAGGGCCUGAGGCUGAGCCUGGCUCUCCCAGAGUUCGAGCAGAGCCCACCCUCCACAAGGACCUGAUGGAGGCCAUUUCCAAAGACAAUGUCCUCUACCUGCAGGAGCAGGAGAAGGAGGCCCGGAGCAGGGCAGCUUAUAUCUCCACACUCCCUGCUCCACACUGGGGUAGGGGCUUCGAUGAAGACAAAGAUGAAGAUGAAGGCUCCCCAGGGGGCUGCAACCCGGCCGGUGGCAGUGGUGACUUCCACAGACUGGUCUUCUAAUGAGAACUCCCACCUGUGGGGAGUCACAGCCAACCUCAGAGUGGGCCAGGCAGGGCUGGGGCCCAGGCAGAGCACUCUGCCAUCUGGGGUCGUAGGGAGCUGUGGACGCAAGCCCAAGGUGAAGCAGGUCCUUUUGAGGGCAAGGAGGAUGGAGAGGGACCAUCUGGGAUGUCAGUCUACAGCCUGAAGGGCACAGAGAAGCUGAAACCCAAAGCUCCUUAAGCAGUCACCAUACUAUGAUGUUAUGGUUGAGUGUACUGACUAACUGGGAGCAACUUGGAUGAGGCCACCCUGGGCUGUGCCUCCCUGCAGGCCCCAUCCUGGGAAGCCCAGCCAGCUCAGGUGUCAGUUUGGUGUCCUGUAUCCAAUAGCACUUCCUUUUACUCUAGUUCCUUCACCCAGCCCCUCCUCGAUAGGAGAAAAGCACAGCCGAAGUCAGGUCCUUGCACCCAGAAGGGGGCUGUUCCCUCUGCCUGCCCUCUGGUGUCUUCAGGGGGUUCUUAGAACAAGGUGUGUGGGUGCCUGCACCCACUGUGUGUUUGAGGCAUGUAGGGAAGGCAGCACAGCACAGGACCAGAGGUGAGACUCUUACCUGCCCCUCCCCUCCCCAAGCAAGUCACACUGGGAGAGCCCCUUCCUUCCCCUCCCUAGCCUGCCUCAGUGCCUGAGAUGCUGCCAUGGCAUCCCUGUCUAGUUAAGGUCCGAGUCCUUAUUUUACUGAAGACAUUCGUCUGUCAGAAAGCCAUUGUCGUUUGAGGAAGCUAGCUGGCUUGGCUCCUCUGAUGGAAUGUGAGGGCUGGGUAGGUAUGAACUGUGUAAUGCACACAACCUCACUGUGCCCUGAGACUACUAUAGCCCCUUCUCAGUGGAGAGAAGAAACCCGUGUUCUUAAAUAGGAAUAAAACUUGCUUCUCGGAA